AUGGUCAAGAACGUGCGCAUCACUUACCGCCGCCGGCACUCGUAUGCCACCAAGUCCAACGCCAUUAAGCCGGUCAAGACCCCGGGAGGCAAAUUGGUCGCUCAGUACCGCGAGAAACGCGCGGCAGGGCCCAAGUGCGGGGACUGCAAGCAGUCGCUCAAGGGCAUCAAGCACCUCAAGCCCAAGGAGUACAAGAACGUGAGCAAGACGCACCGCACCGUCUCUCGUGCUUACGGCGGCUCGCGCUGCGCUCUGUGCGUGCGCCAGCGCAUUGUGCGCGCGUUCCUGAUCGAAGAGCAGAAGAUUGUCAAGAAGGUGCUGCUGGAAAAGCUCAAGAAGAACAAGUCGGCGUAA